GAGGCUUUUCUCCGCAGGUUUCUAUUUGUUUUUUUCUCAACUGUUGGAAUAUCUACAAACGUCGCCAUGGGUUCUUGCAGUAUUGGUCAGUGUUCCACUAGCUUUUCCUUUAUCAUUGGGAAGAACAUGGUGGAUGGAAAUGCCCUGAUUGGUUACGUGUUUGCAAAUGUUUCCGUGGCAGGAGUGAUGGAUUGUUACAAAGCAUGCCGACCAAACUGUCGGUGCAUCUCGUUCAACUUCUUGACAAAUACCAACCAGGACAACUGUCAACUGAAUGAAGAAAACAGACAUCUGAAGCCUGAUGCGUUGAAACCAAUGGGUGGUUGGAUGUACUACGACAUGGUUAUUGAAUAUAGGGUUGGUUAAAAAUGAUUCAACAAUAUUUUCCCUUGCUGUGUAAAGAGGUAUUUAACGCCAUUCAUACUUAGACCCCGAUAUAUUUUUAACAAGAAACAAGGAUUUUUAUGUGUAGAAAACCGAUUAAAAUAACCUUCAAAAUUGCGGAAGAAAAAGAAGCAAAAACAUAGUGAGAGCAAAAAUGGGAAAGCAAGGGGCGUAGUGGGGGAGGUGGUGGUGGUGAGAUGAAUUUGGUUUUGUCAAACUGAAAUUAACCUGAUUCCUCUUGCGGGGUCUGUAGUAUUCUAAUGACCCAGUCCCCCUCCAUAGGUUCUCAAUAUACCAUAGUCCCCCCCUCAAACUCAGUUUGAGACGGUUCAUCCCCCUUCUAUGUCCUACCGGAACACAAUCUAGUUUCCCCCCAAAAAAAAAAUCCUCUGAGCCCCCUCCCCCAGGCGACGAAUAAUUACAAGUCCCUAGAUUUCCAUUUCAGAGGGAUAUUAGAAACUUUUCUGUCAUUGUUGUAUAGGCUUGUGCCUCGUGUUACAACAAAUGCUGCAAAGAUCAGCCGUGUCUGAAUGGAGGAACGUGUCGGGAAAACUGUCAGGAGACUGGAAAACGAUUCAUCUGUGAUUGUCCUGUCAAAUAUACUGGCCAGUUGUGUGAAAGUGGUAUGAAUGCACUUAUUUAUAGUUUUAGAGAUCUUCUAAGGAGUGACUAUUGAACUUCAACUAGGCAGUCCUUGGGGAGCCAUAAUGAUUUAUUACUCUCACCUGAUUAACAAAGAAAUUCUUUUUUUAGUUAGAGGGUGCCAAGUAAGUGUUCUCUCAAUUAGGUCAAGUUAAAAGAAAAUUUCUGGCUUCUGUAAGAGAGAAUUCUUAAAAGUCUCAGUUCUAAUGAACCCUUUUCGAAUGAGCCUAUCUUUUUUAUUUAUAAGAUAAUUUUCUAACUGGUUAUGAACCCUAAAGACCCUGACCGAAGUAUAGGUUUCAGUCUGUGAUGAAUACUCCCCUAAUUGACUUUUAUACAUUUCGUUGUGCAAAUGUUUUAUCAUAGAUAACCUUCUAUCGCCAAAAGCCUUUUUGUCAUUAUUACCCGUUGUCUGGACAGUGCAUUUAUAUAUAUAAUUACCGAUCCCAGUAAAAUCCUAUUGUGCGCCCUUAUCAGGGGCACUUCUAAACGGGCUAGAAAUAAUAAAAGUAAUAAUAAUAAUAAUAAUAAUAAUAAUAGUACAUCCAAUAUCCAGCAGUGUAGAAACCAAUCCCCCUACUAGCCCCAGUCCGCGCGGCUAUCCAUAUAAGUUUGACUUUCGCGCGAAUCAUGCAAAUAUAACGGUGUUAGCUCGAGUAGAAGGUCACUGCAAGUACUUUCUUAUGCAGCCGUAUUUCAAAAUCGUCAAGUAAAUUGCUCUAUUAUCGAGUAUCCCGUGUUCCUUAUGUUAUUAGUAUUGCCUAUGUUAUACGUAUUUCUUGUUAUUUCCAAUCUUGUAAUUAGUCGUUCCGUUCUUGAUUUACUAUGUUCGUAAUACUUUAUUUAGAAACCACUGGCAAUGGCGUGUAACUAGAAAAUUUCGACCAUGUCAUCAAGAAUUAAAUUCCUCUCAAAUUUAUUGCUGGUGCGUUGGUCACAAGCAGUAUUUUUAAUAUUGCAGCCGCGAACGCUUUCGAUUUUAUUGUUUUAUUGCUUUAUUUAUUACAAUUACACAUCUUACAGCAGCAAAAUUUCUUUCUUAUAUGAAAUAACAAUUUUAGUAAUAUUGGUUCUAACUUCGGCUGACUGAUUCUAGUGCUCUACAUUGUUCUUUUCCUCAAAAGCUUACGCGUUUACUCUCAUUUUUUUCUCUUCAUUGUGUUUAACAUGAUUCUCAAACAACUCUUUGUCUUUUCCCUCGACAUCCUUUUCAACAAUUGACCUGUGACCUGUGGUUUCUACAUUAACUUGUUCUGGUACACCGCUUUGGUGCAACCGCGUGGCGGAACUUCGCCUGUGAGAGUGGUUUGUGAAAUUCCCCUCAAAUCCUGCCUCCGUCGUGAUUUCCUUACUACAUUUCCUAACCUUUCUCUUCGCUUUGGGUUAAUGUAAUGCCACACUUCUCCUCUCGGUUUGGGCAAAGCAAGUGAAUAAAAUGCGUAAUCAUUAAUUUCUUUAGGCACGUGAGACAAAUAUCUCUUAUACAGCUCGACUGGGCAAUGUUCUGCAUAAUUUAUAUUUUUUAUAUGCAUAUAUAUAUAAAUAUAUAAAUAUUUCGAGCCAAGUGCCCCCAACCACUCGGCCACAUAACCUCCAAUAAUAGAAAGGGAUAUACUCUUCAUGUUAUAACUAAUUCAUCGACCAUUUAGAUUGCAAUCGUGCUCUUGGUAUGGAGAAUGGUGAAAUAACUGACGCACAGAUCAGUGCCUCUUCGGAAUACGAUAUUGAUCAUGCCUCCGUACAAGGCAGAUUGAACUUCAUGGGAAAUCACAUCAAGCAAGGGGCUUGGGUCGCUUCCCCUAACGAUGUCUAUCCUUGGCUACAGAUUGAUCUGUUGAAGCACAACACCCGAAUAACACGGGUGGCAACUCAAGGAAGACAUAACCACAAUCAAUGGGUAACAAAAUAUUCGCUGCUGUACGCCGAUAAUGACACUAGUAUCUUCCAAUACUACAAAGGACAAGAGCAACAAAAUGCAACUAAGGUGGGUUCGUGUUCUCGCGUAAAGAUUAGCUGUAACUAAGAACGCUGACUAUACGUCAGCGUCAUUGACAGGAUGGGGCAAACCCGCUGGGUGAAUUUGAUUUAGGCCCAGCUUUUGAUCAAGUUCCCGACCUUGAAGCCGAGAGAAUACAUUAAAAGAUUAAAAAAAAACAAAUUCUAUCAAACGGCAUGGUUGUAGGAGCCAACCAUGCGGUGACAACCGAAAUAGACAUAGGAAAAAUAACAUGUUAUAUUUUGCUUACUUAGGAAUUUGCUGGAAACACUGAUAGUCACACUAUUGUAUCACAUGACCUCAUUCCACCAAUCACGACGCGAUAUAUCCGUUUUCAAAUCAUCACCUGGUACGCGCAUGCAUCAAUGAGAGUGGAAGUGUACGGUUGUCAUGGUAAUAUAAUUUUUAUAUUUAUUUUUUUUAAG